GUUUUGCAUUUGGGCAAUCCCAAAGAUGAGCAACUGGGAUGACCUGAAGCGAGAAGCGCGCGUGGUGGAGCGCGCGUUGGAGGAAAAGGUGAGUGCAUUUACGACGACCGCCAAGAAGAUGGAGCGAAAUGCUCGCACGCAUGAUGAAGAGAACCCUGGGGACAAGACCGAUCAAGGGUUGGCGCUGGAGAUUGAGCGAUUCCUGUCCACCUUGACCGACAUCAUCGACCGCAUGAGCAGAGCCAACGAUGGAUCCACGACACAAGAAGCCGUCUUGCAACGCUACCGCGAACUCCAUUUCGACUUCAACACCGACUUCAAAAGGGCCCUCAGCACCAUGAACGAAAAGCUUGACGCCCAAAAGCUCUUCCAGAGAAAAGAAGCGAAUCCUUCCGUGGACUCUGAAGCCGACGCCUUCCUCAAGGAGCGCGGCGUGCUCGACGCUUCGUCGUCCAUGGCCAACGAAACCCUCAACGUCGCCCAAGCCGUCAAGGAAGCGCUGCUGAGUCAACGCGAGUCGAUGGGUCGGUCGCACUCGAAAGGCACGACGUUGUCAUCGUCGUUUGCCAGCAUCAACCACCUCGUCGACCAAAUCAAGCGCAAAAAGGUGCGCCACAAUGCGAUCGUGGCGCUCGUGGUCGCCGCGUGCGUCUGCUUUACGCUGUGGUGGGUCGUGUUAAGCCAUCUUUAACUUCGUUCUUACAAAAACGUCCGCGUGACUUUGGGGGCGGCAAAUCGCGCGCUCAUCUCCGCCGCCUGCUGCAUCAACGCCGUGGCCGCGUCCCCCGACAACUGCCGGCGACUCGCCAUGUCCCGUUCCCUACAUACACAUCGCUCAAUCCAUGGAAAUGCUACUACCUAUAUAUAUAUCUAUAAAUCUACCGAUCCCAUCCAACCGGUCCACUGGGCUUGCCUGCCUUCUUCAACGCAUCCUGGUGCUUCUCCAAGAGUGAUCUGUCCCCAUCCGUUCGAGCAAUAGGCAACGCAGGGACAGCUACUACUUGCAUCCUCUCCCUUGCUCGUACAGUUUCCGCCGCUGCCGCCGCUUCAGCCACCUCUGGCUUGCCAGGCACGUACCCCAGCAUCUCCCUACAGUACAUAUUUCCACAUACAGGUACUGUACCAAGCGUCGAAUCUGGAGAAGGA